AUGCUGGAGAAGCUGCCAGGCACCUACUGGAUGAUCGGCUCGGACUCGCCAGGCUACAGCGUGCAUCGACAGGGGCCGGGCAACGGCACCAACUCGAAGCAGCUUUUCCUGUUCUACAAGACGACGACGAACGCGGAGGGCCGGCACUUCGCCGACACGCUGGUCGACGCGGGGUCACGCUUCAUGUCCUUUUCUGGGCCAAGAAGGGGCGGCGGGGCCUCGCGGUCGAGCCCCGCCACAGCUGGGCGCGCGCCCAUCAACGAGCGGACCGCGGCCAAGGACAAGCAGAUCGCUGGGCUCGAGGCACGCGCCGCCGCCGAUGGCGCGGCGCCCGAGGAGGGCAAUAAAGUCACCGAGGGCGGCUCCAGCCCGAACGGCAAGAUCGGCAAGACCACCGCGGGGUGGCGGAAACGAUGCAUCAAGCUCAUCUUGGCAAUGCCCCACGAGUGGAACAAGUGCACGGCCCUUGCCAACGAGUGGGCCGACACCAACCAUAUUCGGCCAGUCAUCGAGAUGCGGGAGUAG